CUUCGGGGAUUGAUAGGGCUUAAAAAUGUUCAACAAACUGUCGAUACAAACAAGGAUGUCCGUUUUCAUAAUCCAUUAGGUCGCUUUGACACUUGAAUCCACAAGUAACUGAUAUACAUUUCAGUGCACGGUUGCUUGUAAGCGGUAUUCCAAAACGCUGGCCAACCUUUUUCUCGUGAGACCCCGAAGACUACUGGAAGACAGUUUUUACACCACUUCAAGACGCUAUAUUCUUGCAUAAUAUCUAGUGCUGAUAAACUGCAUUAUCGAGGUCAACUUCCAAGAGGCCACUGGAAGGAGAGUGUCACGUGACCUCGGGUGCCAAUGUUCUUCCAGAAGGUCGUCGGGACCCUGGUAGCCGGUGACACUAUUUUCGGAAAUGCAGAAAACGACAUACUACGACAACUCGACGCUUUUCGGGGGUUAUUCGUUCCAAGGGGCCAACGGUUUCAGUUAUGAUGCUCAGCAACCGGCUUACCAGCCUUCGGCGCACCUGGAAAGCAGUUAUCCGAGAUCCGCCUGCUCGCUGCAGAACGUCGGCAGCAGCACGCCGCAGCAGCAUGCCAAAACGAAAGAGCUCAACGGGAGCUGCAUGCGCUCCGGUCUGCCACCUGAACAUCACCAGGCACCCCCGGUCUCUCCGCCCCAGAACGCCGCCAAAAACACCAACAGCAGUGCGGCGCAGCAACCGGGCAGCAGCGGCAGCGGAGGCACAACGAAAGCAGCCGCCAAAUCCUCCUCCCACCCCCCAAACCCCAAUCUCACCAAGCAGAUAUUCCCCUGGAUGAAAGAGUCGAGGCAGAACUCAAAGCAGAAAAGCAGCUCACCAAGCACGAGUUCAGCUAAUGCGGAGAGCAGCGGUGGCGAGAAAAGCCCCCCGGGUUCUGCGGCCUCCAAAAGAGCGCGCACAGCUUACACGAGCGCGCAGCUGGUGGAGCUGGAGAAGGAAUUCCACUUCAAUCGCUAUCUCUGUCGGCCGCGUCGCGUGGAAAUGGCCAACCUGCUCAACCUCAGCGAAAGACAGAUAAAAAUAUGGUUUCAGAACCGACGAAUGAAGUACAAAAAGGAUCAAAAAUGCAAAGGGAUGGGCUCGUCUUCUGGUGGGCCAUCUCCAGCUGGAAGUCCGCCCCUCCCAAUGCAGUCUUCAGCCGCUUAUAUGAACUCCAUGCACUCUAUGACCGGUAACUACGACGCCCCCUCUCCGCCAUCUUUUAAUAAGUCUCAUCAAAACGCCUAUUCAAUGUCUACGUCUUACCAACCCCCCAUGAAGAGCUGCCCCUCCCAACAUAAGUAUGCCAACACUACGUCAGAAUACGACCCCCAUGGUCUACAGGGUAACGGUGGCAAUUACGGAACUCCAAAUAUCCAGGACAGUCCUGCUUACGUUGGAGGGAGCUACGUGGACUCGAUGCCUACCUCGGGUCCAUCUAUGUACGGCCUUAAUCACCUGCCUCACCACCAGUCUAAUAACAUGGACUACAAUGGUGCCGCGCAGAUGCCAACAAGCCAACAUCAUGGACCAUGCGAGCCCCAUCCGACGUACACAGACCUUUCAGCGCACCAUCCUUCUCAGGGUAGAAUCCAGGAAGCACCCAAGCUAACGCAUCUGUAGCAGUCUUGGAAAUAAAUUCAAUAAUUGGGGGCGCUGCUAUGGGACUGACAACAAAAAAUGACCUAGUGGUUUUCUGAUAUGUCCAAAAAAAUCACGAUAUGUUUAUGCCGCGGACUUUUGCUUUGAACGACAUUUUCCUUCAGUUUACAUGCUUUUUUUGUUAUUUAGCGUAUUUCAGACAACCCUAAACAGACACGUCCCUUAAAAUGAAGUAGAAGAAAGAAAGAGACGCUUGGAUAAGGGUUGGUUUGGCAUAGUUACAUGUUAGAACGUUUACUUUAAUGGACCCUUUUCAGUGCAGCUUUCUUUAUAUGUAAAGCUUAUGUCUGACUCGGCAUGAAUAGUCAGCCAUGUAGACGUCAUGAAGGAGCGCGCUAAGUGCUAUACUCACAGUGGGUCAGACACUUCAAGACGGUGAUCACAUUGACAAAGCGCAAGUAAACCACUGGGUUGUUUUCGGUUAAUUCCAUUUCUCAUAUUACCUCUUUUUUCUUAAAUCUGUCUCAAUCCAGUCGUUAUUGAAUUAUUCUGCGCUAGCUCCAGUACGAGAGCUAUUGCUUCCUUUUGCCACAAGACCCCCCUGCUUCCGAAUUUGGUGUGAGUGGAAUCGACAUUGAGUGUUAAUAGUCAUAUGCAUCAAAAUGUUGUGGUAUGCACAAAACUAUACGUUUGAUGAGUUGAGAACUCGUUUACAGGAACCUCAUUUUCCCCCCUUUCUCCACUUCCCUGAAACUCCUUCCAUCUCAAUCUUUAGAGGGAACGCUCAUCAGACAGCACUAACGCGCAAAGCCCACAUUUUCUCAGCUGUCGAUUUAACGUGAAAACAGGGUAUACGUGAACAUGUCCAGGGAGUACGGCUGAAGCGAAGACGUUUGGGUAUUCCCUAAAGCUUUCUCGCCUGGACAUCACUGUUGCACUUAGAGUUUACAUUUUAACGGGAAAGAAAAAAAAUAUUUUGAAACGGAAGGCCUCCAAUUAGCUCAA